AUGUUGGCAACACUUGAAAAUUCACCAUCUGAAGUAGCUUCCCCCCACAAGGAUUUUGCAAUUGUUUUUGAUAUUGAUGGAGUUUUAAUUCAUGAUGGUACAGUGAUAGAAGGAGUACCUGAAAUGUUAAAAUCACUUCAUGAGCAUCAUAUUCCCUUUGUUUUUGUUACUAAUGGAGGAGGUGAAACUGAAGAAUCACGUGCUGAAAGGCUUUCUAAAUUAUUCGGACUUGAAAUUGAUAAUUCUAAAGUUUUAAUGUGUCAUACUCCAUUAAAUAGAAAAUCAAAAUUCUCAUCACUCACUCAAGCCUAUGAAAAGAGAGUUUUAUAUAUUGGAAGAAAUGAUUCAAGUUGUGAUAAAAUUAUGGAAAAUUAUGGAUAUGAUAAUAGAAUUUCAUUGAGACAAUUUGCUGAAAAGUAUCCAUUUCUGUUACCUUACUCUAUGAAAGAUCAUGAAAAUUAUUACAAAUUUAGUCAUGAAGAACAGUUGAAAUUAUCUGAAAAUGAUGAACCUAUUGAUAGUAUUGUAUUUUUGGAUACUCCAGUUGAUUGGUGUGAAACUUUACAAGUUUGUUGUGAUUUGGUUUUAAGUAAUGGAAAGGUUGGACAUAAUUUGGAUUUUUCAAAAGAAACUCAACAUGUUAAAGUGAAUGUUUGUAAUCCUGAUUUGGUUUAUCAAGGUGUUUCAAAACAUCCAAGAUUUACAAUGGGUGCUUUCUUAGAAGCUUUGGAUACUUUAUUUUUCAUUUCAAAUGGAAAGAGACAACAUUUACAAUAUGAAUUAUUUGGAAAACCACACAAAGUCACCUAUGAUUAUGCAAAGAAAGUUUUAAUUGACCAAUUGAGAUCCUCACAUGCUGGUCAUGAAGAUAGAGAUAAUGUCGAUGAUAUGACUAUUUAUGCAAUUGGUGACAAUCCAUUGAGUGAUAUCAAAGGUGCAAAUGGUGCUGGAUUUGUUUCCAUGUUAUUGAGAACUGGAGUUUGGCAAUCAAGUGAAGAAAAUGAUUCACAAAAUCCUGCAACUCACGUAUUUCCAUCUGUUAGGGAAGCAUUUAAAUUUAUUUGUGAUAAACAUUUAUAA